GCCACUCGCAGCGCGCUGGCGGCAGGCAUGGCCACGGCGGCAGCGGCGGGGGUGGCCCGCGGGGCCGGGGCGAGGGCGGCGGCGUUGGCCCUGCGGGGCGGCAGGACCGCGGCACCCGGGCGGCCGUGCGCCGGCCCAGCUCGGCGCUUGUGCACAGCACCCGGGACCGCUCCGGACAUGAAGCGCUACCUGUGGGAGCGCUACCGGGAGGCGAAGAGAAGCACGGAAGAAUUGGUUCCUUCAAUUAUGAGCAACUUGUUGAAUCCAGAUGCCAUUUUCUCCAACAAUGAAAUGAGCCUGUCAGACAUUGAAAUCUACGGCUUCGAUUACGAUUACACCUUGGUGUUUUAUUCAAAGCACCUCCACACGCUGAUAUUUAAUGCUGCCCGGGACCUUCUCAUCAAUGAACACCGGUAUCCUGUGGAAAUCAGGAAGUAUGAGUAUGACCCCAGCUUUGCAAUCCGUGGACUGCAUUAUGAUGUUCAUCGGGCAGUAUUGAUGAAGAUUGAUGCUUUUCAUUACAUCCAGCUGGGGACUGUCUACAGAGGCCUCAGUGUUGUCCCUGACGAAGAAGUCAUUGACAUGUACGAGGGGUCCCACGUGCCCCUGGAACAGAUGAGCGACUUUUACGGAAAGAGUUCUCACGGAAACACCAUGAAGCAGUUCAUGGACAUCUUCUCCCUGCCCGAGAUGACCCUCCUGUCCUGCGUGAACGAAUACUUCCUGAAGAACAACAUUGACUAUGAGCCCGUUCACCUGUACAAAGACGUCAAGGAUUCAAUUCGAGACGUCCACAUCAAAGGAAUUAUGUACAGAGCAAUCGAGGCAGAUAUUGAAAAGUACAUCUGCUACGCUGAGCAGACCCGUGCAGUGUUGGCCAAACUGGCCGAUCAUGGCAAGAAGAUGUUUCUCAUCACCAACAGCCCCAGUAGCUUUGUGGACAAGGGGAUGAGUUAUAUCGUUGGGAAAGACUGGAGGGACCUGUUUGAUGUGGUCAUCGUUCAGGCCGAGAAGCCAAACUUCUUUAAUGAUAAGCGGAGACCUUUCCGAAAGAUGAACGAGAAAGGUGUCUUACUCUGGGAUAAGAUCCACAAGUUGCAGAAAGGCCAGAUUUACAAGCAGGGUAAUUUAUAUGAGUUUUUGAAGCUUACUGGUUGGAGAGGAUCCAAAGUGUUAUAUUUUGGUGACCAUAUAUACAGUGACCUGGCGGAUUUGACCCUAAAGCACGGCUGGAGGACUGGCGCAAUUAUCCCGGAGUUGAGAUCUGAGCUCAAAAUCAUGAACACGGAGCAGUACAUUCAAACCAUGACCUGGCUGCAGACCUUGACCGGGUUACUGGAGCAGAUGCAGGUGCACAGGGACGCUGACUCGCAGCUGGUCUUGCAGGAGUGGAAAAAGGAGAGAAAGGAGAUGAGAGAGAUGACCAAAAACUUCUUCAACGCCCAGUUUGGAAGCUUGUUCCGCACAGACCAGAACCCGACCUACUUCCUGAGGCGCCUGUCGCGCUUCGCCGACAUCUACAUGGCGUCUCUGAGCUGCCUCUUGAACUACGACGUCAGCCACACUUUCUACCCCCGGAGGACUCCCCUGCAGCACGAGCUGCCCGCGUGGUCCGACAUGCCCUCCACCUUCGGAGCCCCCCGCCUGCAGGAGGCCCAGGCCGAGUAGCUGAGGCCCCUCCAGGAAAAAGCCAGAAACAGCGACGCCCCAGGUUGGGUGGGCAUGGCGGCCUUGACUUUGUGUGGGUCUGAGUGUCGCUUUCAGAAAAGAUCCCUUAGGGACAGUACUGCUCCCAGGUUGCUAAGACAAGCGCUGGCAGCCCGCCUGUCCUCGCCCUGUCCACGCAGGGCUGAGGGGCAAGCUUCCUACCGAACCUCUGAUUCCGCCUGUUUUGUUUACCAAGGUCCUGGAACUGACGUCGGUUUUUCCGGGAUAGGAGAGAACUCUCACACCGUCUCUAUUCCAGCGGGUCAAGUUUUGAAACGAUGCUUGACUCCUCCGUGGAACAUGUCCUGAGCGUGCACGGGCAGUGCAGAGGGAGCUGCUCAGUGACGUGCACGGAGAAACUGCUCGCAUCAUUGGGUACUAAGGCUCUGGCUCCUUCCAGGGAGGCUGAGCUGUCUUUGGUGCAGCCCAGCCUCCCUGGAAGGACUUACAUGAGAGAACAAGAGAAGUUGCAACCCUCGGCCGUUUCAUCUCCAGUGUGUGCUUCCUGCGUCCUGCCUACGCUGGGGAAGGACACAGGUGCAAAAAAUGAUGGGCGGGUUCAUGCUUUUCCCCAGAGAAGGAGGGGGAGGAGAUACCAGCUCUGGUUAAAAAUGCUUUCCUCCAGCCGAACAGUCUUCGGUAGGAUAAGGGUGCAAGAAACCAGUGGGUUCGAAGAAGCAGAGCAUCUGCGCUGGGUCUCCAGGGAGCAUAUUAAACCCCGAAACGCCGCCAGAGUGUCGGUUUAAUGUGCUCAUUGGAGGAAAGAAAAUGAAACAGGAGAAAGUGUCCUUGUGAUGAAAAGCCCACCGUGUCAUCCACUGGGUUGAGUUGGAGUCUUGUUAAAACAUGUGCAUUAUCAGAACCGGUCCUUGGCUGGAGAGACACAAACAAGGUGCUGGCUUCUCACUGAUGGAUUACCAACUGCGGUGAUCAUCUCUGGGUAUGGGAGGAGGGAGGUGGCCUUUGCAGCUCAGCUAUAGCUCCAACUCUCUGCUCCCCGCUAGAUUUCUUUCCUGCCGUGUUUUUUGUGGCUAUUUGGGAGCUUGGGUGGUUUUCUUUAGGUGUCUAAGGUGGUAGAGGAUGAAGGACAUUGAAGCAAGCUAAGAAAGAGGUAGAAAUAAUCUAGUUAACUGAGCUUUUCUUAUUUCUUUCUAAGGGCAGGGCAAAUGGCAUAUAUAUAGUUUUUUUUUUUUUGGUGGGGGAGGGAAGAAUCCUUUAUUAUGUCUGCAUUUACAAUAUCUUUCAAUAUAAAGUGCAUAUUUACUGCACUGUCUGAGUGCUAUGGGAAUGUCUGCUGUUGUUAUGGUGCUGCUAAUAAUAUUUUAAGUUGCAUAUGCUGCAUAGAUACUUCUGUUCAGAUUAGCCUAAUCUAGUACUGCUAAGACUCAUUUUAAGCUUUAGUGGUAAUGUGGCAUAUAUUCUUGAAUCUAAAGAAGGGCAGGAACAUGAAGGGGCUUGGGGAGAGUGCUUGCUCGCUCUGCAUUUUUAUUGUAGUGAACGUAUCAUGACCAGCGAUUGAUGAAAUGCUGGCCUGGCAUUUCAUAGGCUAUUUCUGCCACAUUGCAGAAAUUAAGUGAGUUAUAUAGCAUCCUUUGUAAUGAUGCUUAUUAUAAUGGGAUUUUACCUAUGAUGUUUUGCUAUGUUUAACUGUAAUGGUGAAGGUGACCCUUUAGACCUAAUUAGGCUCCUUUUUUUCUUUCUUCUGCAUUUUAUUAUAAGCACAGUAAGGCACAGUAGUCUGUUCCUUUUCGGAAUGCGGUAGGCAUUCUCUUAUUGUUUGCUUGCUUCUAGGCAUUGUCACCAUCAGAGUGACCAGAGGCUGGCAUUCAAUGGGUACAGGUGAUACCUAGUUUCAGGUCCUAAAAGGAUGCACUGGUGCUCUUGGCUUAGAGUGUCUGCUUUGGAGAAGCGAGUGAGGAAGCAGGUAUUGUUUAAAAAAAUGUCUUUUUUUUUUUUUUUUUUUUUUUUAUCUAAUCAGAUACUGGCUGUUUACUAGAGCCUAGUAACAGGGUGUUUACUCCAGAAUGAAGUAGAACUACUUUUAAAGCCUGCUUUCAUGAAUGUUUUAGGUGACCCAAGCCUUGGAGGAGAAAUACCUUUUCUGGGAAUGAAUGAUAAAUUUUACAAUUAUUCCCACUGAUGAGGGUUUUGGUCUCUGGGAUGUUGAGCCGGGCAGUUUUGAGAUCUGCCGUGUGGCAGCAGCCUGGUACCUGUCACUCCAGAGCCCACCGACCGUGUGCCUGGAGGGCUGCAAACCCAGGUCCUGGGGGUGACAUAGCACAGCCAUCUCCACGGGAAGGACAGAGGCAUUUCCCUACUUCUUCGUUAUUCAUACUUGUCCCCACUCAGUUGAGGUAGAUUUUUAACUUGUCACUGUCAGGGCUCUCAGCUGGGACUUGGCACACAGCACUGGGCAUUUCAUUCUUUCCAGUUUGUUCUCUUGUGUGCAUGUUGAUGAAAGCAUAUUGGUACUAGGGAAGUGAAUCUGUUUUCUAUCAUUAAAAAAAAAACAAUUUGUAAAGCAGUCAGAAUAACUUUCAUUUGAACAUUUAAAACAUUGCUAUUUUUUUUGUUUUUGUUUUUUAAUAUUGCUUAGACUUAUUUUCUAAGAAUUACGUGAACACAAAAUCACAGUUUGGGGCAGUCCAUGCCAGCUAUGCUAGUCCAGUGGGACUCAGUACCCGUAGCAGGUCCCAUUGGAAGGGACUUGCACAAGUGAUUUUAUGUGGUUUUUAAAAUAUUUUAGGUGUUUGACUUAGAGCUCACACUUUCCUCCUAACAUAUCCCCUCUCUUUUUAAUUUUUAAAAACUUUUCAUCUUUAGCUCUAUUUUCUGCUGUCACCAUUGAUAUCAUGUAACAUAAACUGCCUGCAACUGACUUGGGCAUAUCUCAGACAAAAUCACUAGUUGCUUUGAAUGCUUUGGGCCUCUUAAUUAUUGCAAAGGAGAAAUGAAAAGUAAUCUUGCCUCCUAGCUAAUUUAGCCUCGGGUGAUUGAAAUGGCUUUUCCUCCCUCUUCCUCUCAAAAGGCCUUUAAUGCAGAAGUGGAUGUGCUCAGUAUUGGAAUUCCAUUUUUCCAAAUGCUCAUUUUCUGCCAAACACCCACUUGAGGCCCUUGUCUAGAAUGCUCUGGGGCUAAAUUUGGCCAGAGGUGGGAUUCCUUGAUUACUCUGUUCCAACUAAUAGAGAGCCUGUUUUACCCUCUUAAUAUUGAUUUCCUUUUAUACCAGUUUAUUUAUUUUUUGCCUUAGCAUUUUGGAGCUUCGCUCAAAGUUCAGCUCACCUUGACACUACCAGUGAGUGGGUGCAGGGAAGGGAAGGGAGUGAAUUUCCUCUAAUACAGGGUCAGUAAACUUUUCCUGUAAAGGGCCAGAUAAGAAAUGUGUUUGGCUUUGCAGGCCGUUGGCUGUUGCUUCUACGCUAGGAAUGGGCAUGGCUGUGUCCCAUUAUGACCCGAUUUACCAAAAUAGUCCUUGGGCUAGAGUUGGCCCUCAGGCUGUGGCUUGCUGGCCUCUGUUCUAAAUGGAUGGUGUUGGUGGCAGUGGCAAGAUUCCCUUGCAGAGAGCAUGCUGGUGACUGACCUCGUAGGUGGGUUGCAGAUAGGAGAAAGAAGCUCUGGAUAAGUGUGCCACGUUCCUUCCGGCUGCUUUCUGGGCACAUUUACGUGUAUGGCCAGUGUGGGUACUUGAGCUGCAGGCUUGAGUAUUAAUUGAAUAUACCUCUCGUUGCACUGCAUUUUUUUUUUUGUAAGUGUGCUAGUAUCGGGUGCUGGGCUCAGCUGCCCGGCUGACCCUUGGGACUGAAGGACUUAUUCCCCCACUGCUGGGGGUGCUGCCGGCUGGCCUUUCACUGCUGUUACCCUCUUUGGGAGUUUCUCCUGCUGAAGACCCCUGCCUGCCCGGGUCCCACCCCACCUUCCUGCUGGUAACCCUUGACUGCUUCGUGGAGAGGUACAAAGGCGUGGCCUCCCCACCCGAACUCUGGCGAACCCUGUGGGGCCAUCCCAGCUCCAGAGCUCCCGAGGCGCCUCUCCCACUGGUCUGGCCUGGCCCACAGCACUCCCUGGUAAGCUUACCUGCAUGCCAGUCUCUGUCUCGGCGUCUGCUUUCGGGGAACCGACCUGUGACAGUGCUUCUGUACUUUUCUAGUCCUGCAGGCUUGAACCCUGACUUAGAAGACUGUUUUCUAAUUGUUUAAUGGAAUGACAAAUUACGCCUGUAUGAUAUCAGGCAUAAUACAUGCAAAUUAGGUAGACUUAAGUAUUUAUUCUAAUGUGAAUUUGCUAUUUAUUCUAAAUGUUGAUUUUACGUGUUCUGUGCUGUUGAACUUAUUGCCAAAUAAAAAUUUGAAUUGUAUCA